AUGGCUCAACUCCAAAGCAACACCAGGAACUCGUUACACUUUUCUUCCAAUAGUUUAUACCAAGAACAAGACGAAACACCUCGUUCCAUUCCAAAUGUUGGGAAUGACGAUGGUGUUCAUUCUUCAAUGGUUGUGAGGGCACAAUCAUUCAUGGUUCAUUCAACCAGCGUGUUCAAUAGUGGAAUGAGUGCUUUUGGACAACGAUCUGCCAUUUCAGCAACCUCCCUCAGCAACACCUCUUCAGAUGCGAUUGGUUCUAAUGGAUCUUUUUCCAAGCAACUAUUAGAAAAGAUGAUCAAUUUCCUCGUUUCUCUCAACUCAAAGAAGCCAAAACAAGACUCUUGGAAGAGUGUUUUAAUGUGUCUCCUUCUCAAUGGUUAUCUUUUAUAUUGUACAGUGAUAUUAAGUUCAGUGCUAUCGACCCUCUAUGAAGAAGGAACUGUUAGUAGUAGUUUUGGAGUGAAUGAUGAUUCCUAUAAUGCCACGAACACCACCACCACUACCAAUUCCUCCCUCUCGAAAGGACAUGCUCCCAUGUGGGGUGUUGUAGCAGGUUGGAUUCAACGCGCACUAUUUUACCCUUUGAAUUUUGGAGCUGAGCACUACCCGUAUCAAGUGGUGAUUGCUCUCUCAGCGAGUGGUGUCUUUCUCGAACUAUGCACUCUCUUCAUGUAUUAUGUGUUCUACAUGCUUUUGAGUCGAGGACAUCGAUUCAGUGAAAAGAUUAAGAAAAUAGCUCUUCCUUUCACUCAACUCAUGUUACCUCUUUCGAAUUGGAUGAUUUGGCUACAUUGUAUUCCCAUGUCCACUUCCUUUACAAGUUCGAACAAUGAAUACUUUCCAUCCAUUGCGAAUCAUUCAAGGUUGAAUAUUGUGUUUAUCGUUGUUGGCAGUGUUGGAGUGUUGUUGAAUAUCGUCAUUGGUUGUAUUGGUACCAUGGUGACCUGUGAGACCAUUCCACCCAUAGAAACUAAAUUUGCAUGCUUUACCAUGGAUCGACCUGACGCUUGGAUGGUCAUUACCUUAUUGAAUCAAAUCUCUGUGGUUUUAACAGUCGUAUUGAAUACCAAUAACGUGAUUGCUUCAUCAGUAGUCAAAUUUAUUUUGAGUGCCUGCGUGGUCAUUUACUUUGUUCGUCGCUGUCCUUACUUUAAGAUUUGGGAAAAUGGAAUUGUGUUGGGUUGUCUCUUGGCAAAAACCUUUGGAAGUAUUGGACCUCUCAUUACAAGUGCCAUCCAACCCUACAUUACCACUCAAUUAGAGUCCAUGGGUGGAUUGAUGUUUGGAGUCACAUGUUCCUUGCAAUUACUUGGAUUGGUCGUUGGUGGUGUUGCACUCUCGAUCUAUCUUCGAAUUUUGGUGAAAUCUGUCAAGAAUUUCAUGAGUAAAACGAUGAAAGAACUUCCAGACAAGUCCAGUGCUUUUCAAAUCUAUUCCACUUUCGAGGCACGAAAAUCCCUGAAUCAAUUAGUUCUCUUUUUGAGACUCUCUAUUGCGAGUGCUUUUUCGGAAUCUCCUUCUGCCCUUGAUGUUUCCAUUCAAUUUUUAAAGAAUUGUGGAAACAAAUCAUUUUCCAAUGUGGAUUUCCUUCUCAUCAGUGCACUCAUUGAAGCUUUUUAUUCCUCUCAUGAAGAUGUGUAUACUUCCAACACUCAUGUCAUGAAUAUGUUGAUUAAUGCAAAGAAAAAUAAUCCCUCACAUUUUCAAAGGUACUUGAUCAUGUUGAGAUUUAAGGAAUUGGAAAUCAAUAUGGAGAAGGUAUCUGGAAUGAAUAUUGAGGUAAGACAAGCGUUGCAAAGCAUUCAAAAGAAACAAGAUGUUCUCUUCUAUUUUCACAAGGAAUUCUUUAAAGAACUAUUAAGUGAAAAGCCCUCUCAAACCAAGUUAUUGAACUUGAAUCGAUCAGCCACCAAAUUAAUGAGUGAUUGUGAGAGCAGUUAUCGAACCCUCUAUGCCAAGCAUCCCAAUGACAAGAUUUUGUUAAGAUUUUACGCCUCUUUUUUAGAGACCUUUCAAUGGGAAAAUGAAGCUGCCAAUGAACUCAAAGAAGAAGCUAAUUCUGCCGAUGAUGACGACCACCUCAAAAAACAACCCAUCGCUGCUCAGGAAUCGCUUCGAACGAAUGCCAUACAAUCUAAAAAGUUUAAUAACAAAGUGCAUCCCAAUGUUGUCAUUCCUUCUUCGUCAUACAAGAAUAAGUUGUCCUCAGUGGAUAAAAUCAUCGAUGAAGAAAUUACGGAAAGAAGAUCGAUGGAUGAGGAAGAAGAUCGAUGGGAAUCUGUGAGUCAUGCUGGAGAAAUAGAUAAGAAGGAAAAUGUCUUACGGUUGGCCAUUAAUUCAAAGGAGGAGAAUAGUGCAGCCAAAACUUGUUUUUCUCUCUUUGUGUUGCUUUCCCUUGUGGUGGUGCCAACCUUAUUUGCAGCAUCAAGCAUUACUUUGAGUCAAAUCUCGGUACGAGUGGCUUUGGAAGAGAAAGUGUGCUCAUUGAGUGGAAUUCCUCAUUUAAUUAUUGCUCAAAUUCGUUCCGUUCAGUCCAAAUUUAGAUGUUCUUUCACACCCGAAAAGAAAGCUGACUUGCCCUUUGUAGUCGCAAAAGCAAAAGUUCAAAUUGAAAGUUUGCUUGAAAAAGUGAAUCGUGUGAAAGAAGCUUCUCUCUCAAAUGAAUUCAUUCCAGAGGUCGUGAGUACCUUCACGGAGGUCAAGUGGCCCUACCUAAUUCCAAUUAAGCAAAAAGAUGAAAAUGCAUCGCCACUAUUCGAAACAGCAAAUUCUUCCAUAAGCCAAUAUAUUGAUUUAAUUCUCGACCAGGGACCACAAAUUUUAACCAUGAUGAAUGAUUUGGAAGCUUAUCUCGAUCGAAGAGAAAUGACCAAUGCCUUUGACAGUUUUUGUUCAUCAUUUAUUGAAAGCUCGAGAAAACAGGUCAGUGAUGGAGGUGUUGUAUUCUAUAGUAUCUGUGGAUCUGUUUUGGCACUCUAUUUGGCGUUUUGCGUUGUAUUUCUUGUUGUGAUGAGAUUCUACUUGAAACAAAUCGAAACCAUUGUGAAGAAUAUUUUUUUGAACUUACCAAAGGAGGAAAGUGGACGAGUGUUCCAUAGCUUGGAUCUCAAAACGAAUCAACAUUCCCACAAGGAGAAUUCCUCUAUUUUCACAUCAUAUUUUAUUUUUAUGCUACUCACAUGUUCAAUAAUUGCCAUUAUUUUAAUCGCAAGCGUGUUAAUCAUCAUUGAAUUUGAGAGUAAUGUUUCAACCUCCUCAUCUACCAUGGAAACUGUGAGCUUACUCAAUACUGUCAUUCGAACGUCUAUGAGGGUAAAUUUUAGACUCAACGAGCUUGUCCUUAAAAGUAAACUCAUGAAGAUGUCAUGGGAGACUGUAAAACAAGAUAACAUGAACGAACUUAGAAAGUGUGAUAAAGCUUGGAGAGAGAUUAGUGCGGGAGGAGAGGACACUGGAUAUCAAUCACCCAUUGCGGGAGUAUCGCCAAAAAUUGACUUGCUCAUGAAAUUUACUUGUAAUACCAGUACUUUUUCAACAAAUUCAACACAACUUUCCAAUUUGACCUUGUCCUUAGAGGAGGUGGAUCUUUCCAUUCAAUGCAAAGGAAUGGAUCAUUUGGUCUCUGAAUUCAUUUCUUGCGCCAUUGAAUUGAAUAACGAUUAUUAUUCCAAUUAUUAUGAUCAACAGAGAGCGACUGACAUUUACUUUAAGGACAUUUACUUUUUAUCUCUUUCAUUUGCAGAGAAAUCCUUCGACUUUAUUUCCACCUAUGUCUCCUUUGCAAAGAAUUCAUCCAUAAGUUUAUCGAUCGCAAUGUUUUCAAUUAGUUCUGUAUUUUGCUUGAUGUUGUUGUUUUGGAGUUAUUCCAAUCUUUCCAAAUAUUGGAAUGAAAAACACAAUGUGAGAUUAAUGUUAAAUUAUAUCAGUUGGGAAGUUAUGGAUCAAAAUGAAGACUUGAAGCAGUAUGCAAUGACACAUCAAAUUCCAAACAAAUAUCCUCGAUCGAUUCAAAAGCUCUCUGAUCGUUGGAGUCUUUCCAAGCUUACAUCCACCAUUGAAGACGAUCCAUUGUCCAUGACAAAAUCCAUCAUGAACGCAGCAGCUGAUGGAUGCAUUAUUUGCACUACAGAAGGUACAAUCAUUGUUUUUAACAAAGCUGCCGAAAAUAUGUUUGGAUAUCAACAAAGUGAGUUGUUGGGAGCUUCAUUGAUUUCACUUUUUUCUGAAGAGGAGAAACAAAAGAUUGAAAAGUCCGUAUUUUCAAUUACUGCUUCUCGAAAUGCAUUCCAUGAAACAACGGAAAUGAUGCCAAUCCGAAAGAACAAGACAAGCUUCUCAGCUUCAGUUUCAAUAUCCGUCAGCUUUUUCAACAAGAAAUCUUUCAUUGCAUGUUUUGUGAAAGACAUAACCACCGAGAGGAAACAAGCAGCUCUUAUUAGUGAAGAAAAGAAGAAGAGUGAAGAAUUGUUACUGAACAUUUUACCAUUGCCAGUGGCCAUUCGUCUCAAACAAGGAGAAACCUCCAUCUGUGAAGUUUAA